UCCCACUAGUAAAUUGUUUCAUUAUGGCUGCGCCCAGUUAUCGUGCAUGGUUUUCAAGAUCAUUUUGUAUACGUGGAUUAUACUUGCAGGGACAGUUGAAAAACUGUUUCAGAAACAACAAUAAUUGUAUUUUACGUACUGAUGCCCUAAGUAAAUCACAAUCAGUAUUUGAUUGUACAAGUUCUCACCUUGGCUCUUGGCAUCUGUAUUCAACUUACGCUCGAAGAGGUGACCACUCACAUCAUUCAAAAGAAGAUGACUAUAAUGAAGAAGAUGAGCAUUCUGCUAUUGCGUUGGAUCAACAAAAUGUCCAACAUCGUCAUGAUGCAGUAAAUUCAGAUGCCACCGAGGAUGGGUCGGAAUUUUCAAAGUUUCCUCUUGAUCCAACACUGCUAAGACGUUUAAACGAGCUGGGAUACAAGAAACCAUUUGCAAUUCAGACGGAGACCUUAGAACACACACUCGUAGGACGAGAUGUUAUUGGUCGGGCCAUCACUGGAAGUGGGAAGACUUUGGCAUUCGCUAUUCCUAUUGUACAAAAGAUACUACAAUCUCCACGGUUGAAGCGAUCCAGAAGUCCUCGUGCGAUCGUCAUAUCUCCCACACGAGAGCUUUGCAACCAGAUCUACAGGAGCAUCCGCGAAUUGGAUCCGACGGUGCGUUGCGUGGCACUGUAUGGUGGGGCAAGCUUUGUCCGGCAGGAGAGAGAGAUCUUUCAAGGUGUAGACGUUGUGUGUGCAACUCCAGGGCGUCUCAAUGACCACAUACAAAGGAGAACCAUAGGCGUCAACGAGCUGCAAUUCCUCUGCCUAGAUGAAGCAGACGAGUUGCUGACGCCCAACUUCAAAGACCAGAUACAAGACUUGCUCGACGAUUCUCCACGUGACAAGCAGAUGAUGCUGUUUAGCGCAACGAUGCCGCCUGACAUAGUUCACAUGACGAAGCGGUACAUGAGGGAACCGAUCCAUGUUGAUAUCACAAAAUCACAAAACAUCGUAUCACCACCUUCAGUGAAACACCAAUGCAUCCGAGCACCGCGUAGAGACCAUAUGCGGAUUGUGAGUGAUCUGAUUACUGAACACUCGCCUACAAGAUGCAUCAUUUUUCUCAAGACCAAGGUUCAGGCUAGUGACGCAGCAAGGGAGCUGCAGGCGAUGGGCGUACGAGCUGAAGCCAUCCACUCUGACCUAUCACAGAACCAUCGCGAGCGCAUACUGCUCAGCUUCCGACGUGGACUCUGCAAAAUUCUAACUGCAACAGAUGUCGCUGCAAGAGGUUUAGAUAUUCCAGAAGUUGAUCUUGUACUUCAAGUUGAACCACCAGCAAAUGGAAUCGACUACUACAUCCAUAGAUCAGGCAGGACAGGGCGAGCUGGACGGGAUGGACUUGCAGUUCUCAUUCACGAAGGCACUUUCAAUGAUAUGAAGAUUGUGAGAGAUAUCGCUCGCUGUGUAAAAUUGGAACAAAUACGGCCACCGAACUCGGAAGACACCGUUGAGAAGAUAGUUGAGUCAACAGUUGAACAGCUUAAUUCUGUGCCAGAGGACUUGCUGAAGCACACAAGAGAGGCUGCAGCAAAGCUUGAUCUUAAUGGGGAGCAAGGUGAGAAACUGAUGGCAGCAGCACUGGCACUCAUCCUGAAGAAGUCGCUACCAGCAGGUUUCUUCAACAAGGAGCCUCUGCGACAGAUUCCUCCUCACAGUCACUAUCGCGUGGACAACAAACAGCACUAUCACAACCAGAAUAAGUCGCACACAUUCAAGAGGCAGAACAGGUUUGAGUACGGCAGGGAUGAUGGCUUCCGGAAUCGGCCACGCAGAACUCGAACUCUGAACGAUAAUGACGACGAUGAUGAACUCUACUAGGUGUCUGAUGAUCAAAAUCCUAAGAUGCCAAGGAGUUAUGGCUGUACAAAAUACCAUGAAUGUUUACUGCAUGUAACUUUGACAAAAAAUUUACAGGAAUGCUAACUGUAGUAUUUCCUGAUAGCAGUUGAAUGCUAUAGCUAUAAGCAGUAGCCUCCGAGUUGGGAGGCCAGAUUAUCUUUAGCAGAUAAUAAAAUAUAACAUUUGAAGAGAAACGGCAGAUUGGUCAUUUUUGAUGUGGAUCGAUAACAUAAAUAAUCGUUUCUAUACAUUCUAUCAGUAUCUCGAGGAUCCAUAUGCAAUACGUAGUAUUCUAAUUGAACUUGUGCUUGUUUGCACACACACAAAAACUUGUCGAUAAUUUCUUGUGUAUAGAGUAAAUAAAUAUAAAAAAAUCGAGAA